GAGAAUAUUGACGACAAUGUCAGGAAGAGGCAAAACCACCGGCAAGGCUCGUGCCAAGGCUAAGAGCCGCUCGUCUCGCGCCGGACUCCAGUUCCCGGUCGGUCGCGUGCACAGGCUGUUGCGCAAAGGCAACUACGCCGAGCGCGUGGGCGCCGGCGCCCCCGUCUACCUGGCGGCCGUGCUGGAGUACCUGACCGCUGAGAUCCUCGAGCUGGCUGGAAACGCCGCCCGCGACAACAAGAAGACCCGCAUCAUCCCGCGCCAUCUGCAGCUGGCCGUCCGCAACGACGAGGAGCUCAACAAGCUGCUGGGCGGAGUCACCAUCGCUCAGGGCGGCGUGCUGCCCAACAUCCAGGCCGUGCUGCUGCCCAAGAAGACCGACAAGCCGGCCAAGGCCAAGUAGACCCAACACGUCAACACACACAUCUAAAGGCUCUUUUAAGAGCCACACACUUUUCCAAAAGCGCCUCCUGCUGUUUUUCUUCAUGUAGAAAUGGAAAGUAUACUGGUAUCAUUUGGAAUGGACGAUGGAAAGUUCACGCCAUUUCAAACCCAACUAUUUGUAUUCGUCCCGAAGUUUGACAUCAAAUGACUUGUUCGGUGAAUCUCAACAGUCCAAAUCUUACAGCACUCUUCUGUGGGAAAACAAAAGGGAUUUUAUUUUCUUCAGCCCCACAAGUUGACUCGUUUUUCACUGGCACUGUGGUGGAUUACAUAAUCUGUUAACGAACUGCAGAGCCACACCUGAAGUGAACUGGAGUAACCCCACAACA